AUGACGAGAUCUUUCAAGUGUCUCCUGGGGGCGAUCCUCCUCCUGUCCUCCCCGGCGUCUUGUCUCACGGCUUGGUGGACGGACCUCAGCCCUCAUGUUGCCAUGCAAGACCCAGCAACGGGCAACCUUCUGUACAGCGCUUGCAACAGCAAUUCCACGCCCAUCUUCCCCGACGACGGUCUCAACGCCUUCAAGCUUCAAAGAAAGCCUCGAAACGGUACGUCGCUUACCGCUGCCGGAUGGUACGAUGUGGAGGCGGCGACGACUGUGGCUUCCAUCUUCUAUCAAACCGAUGAUGGCGCCAUCGUCAACGGCUACUUCGUUUGUAAUUUCGCCACGGGUCACUACAAUAUCAAAGGCGAGUACCUCAUCUCCUCGACGGCCAGCGUCGAAUCCAUCCACAGCGAGACGGGCUUGGCGGUCGAGUUGCUAGGGGCCGAAGACGGAUACCGCGUGUUCUUCCACGACGAGGACAAGAAGGUCAAUGUCAUGUCAUACACGACCAAGACCGAUUGGCAACUCCAAGGGGCUAUCUCGCAAGAUCCAGUAGGGGGGAUGGCCCUGACGUCGGUGCACUCUGGCCAGUCAAACAUAUCUGUCGUCUAUCCUAAAGAUUCGGAAAACUUUGAGAUCUCAAGAUUCUUCAAAGACGAGACAUGGCAUCUUGUCAAUGGGAAGACAAACGCGUCUGAUGUUCUCCUCAACUCGUCUAUCCAGCCGAACUUCACGUUGCCCGCAUACGCAAGCAACUUGACUGGGCUAGGCGUAACAGUCAAUCACACAUAUGUGCGCAGCAUCUUCUAUAUCGGAACCGACGCCAAGCUGCACCAAGUAUCGAACGUCGAUUGGGAAUGGAAGUUGAUGCCGGACCGGGAAUCAAGCAUAUGGCCCGUGGCGGACGCCGUUGACGGGCCCUUUGCGGCGACGAGCAAUUUUGACACGAACGAAGCCUGGGUAUGGUACCGAUCAAACGGCAGUUUGGUACAGCUGUACCAAGGCACCGAUGGCCUGUGGACGCAAGCUACGACGGUCCCCAGCGUCAACACGACCAAGUCGCUCGAGACAGAGCCGAAUGGAAAUGCGACGCCGACAGCUUCGCCAACCGGGAAAUCGAUAGUGAUGUCAACCGGGGCCAAGGCAGGGAUUGGCAUUGGUGUUGCCGUUGGAGUUCUCGCCCUUGCCGGCGUUGGCUUUCUCCUCUUCCAGCGAAGAAGGCGGCAACAAGCGGCGGCGGCUGAGGCAGCCCGUCUCAAGGAAGCGGAGGCCAUGACUCUCAACGGCAGAGGGGGGCCGUAUGCGGAGACGUGGGGCUCGGUUUCGCCAACGGAGAAGUACGGGUCGGAGUUGGUAGAGGCGGAUGCCGUAGGUACGACAGCGCCACAAGAGCUGAUGGACACAACCGAAAGAUACGAGCUUGUGGGCGAAGGACAUUGGAGAGAAAUGGACGCCACGGGGCAGAACCCGGCAAGAAGGAGUAUUGGAGGCUGGAGAGAGGCACAAGCACAAGACAAGGGUUGCAAGGCGAUAAGAAAUGAGGUCGUGGACCAGACCAGGUAG